CGGCUCACGGCUCACGCUUGUUCGGCCGGACGAUCUCGCUCACAGCUUACAGCGUUCGCGGUGCUGCACGGUGUUCGUUCUCUUGCCCCUGGCAUAUUCGAUCAGCACUCUCCUCCGAUCCGAGAUUCGAUCGCUCAUAAACACUGCUUUUAACAGCGUGCUAAGAAAGAGAUAACGCAAGAGAGCAAACAUGUGCGACGAAGAAGUUGCCGCGCUCGUGGUCGACAAUGGAUCCGGUAUGUGCAAGGCUGGCUUCGCCGGGGACGACGCUCCCCGCGCCGUCUUUCCCUCGAUCGUCGGCAGGCCGCGCCACCAGGGUGUCAUGGUUGGUAUGGGACAGAAGGAUUCUUACGUCGGUGACGAGGCUCAAUCCAAGAGAGGUAUCCUAACGCUCAAGUACCCGAUCGAGCACGGUAUCGUUACCAACUGGGACGACAUGGAGAAGAUCUGGCAUCACACGUUCUAUAACGAGCUGCGAGUAGCACCGGAGGAACAUCCGGUUCUUCUCACCGAGGCACCCUUGAAUCCCAAGGCUAAUCGCGAAAAGAUGACACAGAUCAUGUUCGAGACGUUCAACACUCCCGCCAUGUACGUGGCGAUCCAGGCCGUCCUGUCGCUGUACGCUUCUGGCCGUACCACCGGUAUCGUGUUGGACUCGGGCGAUGGCGUCUCCCAUACCGUACCGAUCUACGAGGGAUACGCUCUGCCGCACGCUAUCCUCCGCUUGGAUCUGGCCGGCCGCGACUUGACCGAUUAUCUCAUGAAGAUCCUCACCGAGAGAGGAUAUUCCUUCACGACCACGGCCGAACGAGAAAUUGUUCGCGACAUCAAGGAGAAACUUUGCUACGUUGCGCUGGACUUUGAGCAGGAAAUGGCCACAGCAGCCUCUUCCUCCAGUUUGGAGAAGAGCUACGAGCUUCCCGACGGUCAAGUCAUCACCAUAGGUAACGAACGAUUCCGUUGCCCCGAGGCUCUCUUCCAACCCUCGUUCCUAGGAAUGGAAGCUUGCGGCAUUCACGAGACCACGUACAACUCGAUCAUGAAGUGCGACGUCGACAUCCGCAAGGACCUGUACGCCAACACCGUUUUGUCUGGCGGUACCACCAUGUACCCCGGCAUAGCCGAUAGGAUGCAAAAGGAGAUCACUGCCUUAGCUCCGUCUACCAUGAAGAUUAAGAUUAUUGCCCCACCCGAGAGGAAGUACUCCGUAUGGAUCGGUGGAUCGAUUCUCGCCUCGCUCUCCACUUUCCAACAGAUGUGGAUCUCGAAGCAGGAGUACGACGAGUCCGGACCCUCCAUCGUCCACAGGAAGUGCUUCUAAACGCGUUUUCGAUCGCAAUAUUAUCAUUCCCCGAUCCCUGAGACUUUGAGAAAUGAGAGAGAGAGAGACAGAGAGAGAGAGAGAGAAAGAGAGAGGCUUUUGUCUCGUUUCGCAGGCGGACGUAACAUCAACUUCCGCGACGAUUGUCCUUUGGUUUCUCCGGGGCCAAAGGUAGCUUCUUUCAAUUCGGAUGUACGUGUUUAAGAUACGCGAGUGAGGUAAACGCGUCCGAUUAAACGAGAGGAGAGAGAGAGUGAGAGAGGGGGGGGGGGAGGGAGGGAGAGGAGCUUACGAUGUAUCUCGCCCUCCUUCCGCGAUUGUUCCUCGGUCUCGGCGGCAACCCAAUAUAAAUCGACGGCUCGUUCUUGCUCGUUUAAACGCGAUCAUUUUCCAUCGUUUUUCAUCGAUUCGAUAUAACGAUCUUAAACAUUGUGCCCCGAUUCCCAAAUACCUUUUUCUACCUUGUCUUAUAUCGAGUCCUUUGUAUAAUAUAUUUCAACAACUUUGUGUCUAGCAAGUCGGUAGCACGUAGCUAAACAUUCCUCGCGAGACACAUCCUUCUCUCGAUGCGAGAGCAGAACGCUUCUUUUCCGUUAGACUCGUCACUCCCCCGUAAACGUCGUACGCGUAAACCUCGAUUGCCACUUUUCUUCAAGAAUUCGAGCAAGAAACGGUUACGCGGAUAACUCCGAGGUUUUUGUUUCGCGGGAAAGAUCGUCGGUUACUCUUCCCGUGGACAGAGACGACGGACACACGAUGGCAAUCAACGUCGAUGCAUUCCGAUCAAUGUGUGAUGUUUUUAAGAGAUGCUUGCGUCAAAGCUCAACAUACGUUGUACGUCAUUCCGCGCAGAGAGACAAGCCUCCGACUUCUUACCUGUUUUCUAUUAUAAUUUGCCUAUCGUUGAGGGAAAAAAUAUGGCUUUUUUGUCUUCUUUCUUUUUCUUUUUUCUUUUUUUUUUUUUUUACACGAUGGGGUAAACCGCUGAUCCGGAAAGGUCUUACCAACGUUCGCUCAAACAAACGGAAAAAAGGCACCACGGUUUCGACCCCGUAAGCGUAGCCAAAGUAUUAUAAUUUAUUCCCAUUGUAUUGCGCAAGACAUUCACACACACGUACACAUCUUAAAGACUACUUUAGACUUAUGGGAUUAUAAAAUAAAAGUCUGAAAAACACA